AAAUCUCUCUCUUUCCGAAUUUUAGAAGAAGGGAGUAGUAUCGGACAUGACUGACUUUGACCUUUCAUUAUUCGCUGUUAAUAGUGCCGGGAUCCCCAAAGCACAUUACAUUCCAGACUUCAUCUCCGAACAGGAAGAGGCUUACCUCUUGCGACAGAUUUAUAAUGCUCCAAAACCAAAGUGGAAGUGCUUGGAGAACAGAAGGCUGCAAGUAUGGGGGGGAGACUUGACACCCUCGAAUAAACUUCUGGCUCAAGCAUUACCUCCAUUUUUGACUGAAUACCCAGAUAUUAUUGGGAGAUUAAGAUCUACAGGCGUAUUCUCAAAUUCAAGGCAUGGCGCACCGAACCAUAUCAUUGUCAAUGAGUAUCUUCCGUUGCAGGGUAUAAUGCCACAUGAAGACGGACCUUCGUACCACCCCGUCGUCGCUACAAUAUCGCUUGGCUCCCAUACAGUCUUCCACUACUAUCGAUAUAAACAGGAUGCGUCAUUCACCACGUCUGCUUCGGGUGCCGUGCAAGAGGAUGGAGUUCAGAACACCGACGAUAAACAUACUGAGCCGUCUGUCGACACUCUAUCCCAUUCACGAACGGCAUUGAAUGACGGCUUGGAAGAAGUUUUGAUCAAGCAGGAGACCAGGGAAAGCCGAGGACGUGUUAUCGACAUGUCAAAUCCAGUUCUCAGUCUCUUUCUCGAACCGCGUAGCCUCGUAAUCACGACUCGCGAUCUUUACACAGACCACUUGCAUGGAAUCGACCCACUCUCAGAAGACGUGUUUCUUCCUGCACGGACCACUUCUGUGUCUCCUGACCUGGGGCAACCGAAUUGCAGUAGUGAUGAAUUGGAAGGUAGUGUGCGAGUUGCGAAUUGGGACAUAGUAAAGGACCCUAAGGUGCGGGAGGUUGUGAGGAAUGGUGGAAGGUUGAAAAGAGGUGCCCGGAUAAGUUUGACGUGUCGGGAUGUGGAGAACGUCAUCAGCGUAAAGUCGUUGCGUUAAAUCGUCAUCCUAUUGAAAUCACAAGACCUGUAUCAAAUAACGAUGUAAUAAUACACGAAUGUAUCCAAAAUUCAAGUGUCCGAUGACACCGGUACGAAUACAAUCGGGAGUCCCUGCAAAGGUCCAUCACCG